UCGGUGUAGCAGAUAAAGCUGGGUACUAAUAUCUACCGACAGAUGGCGAGAAAUUUCGCCUGGAAUACCCUGUAGAGACUUAGAGAGUAUUGUUAUGAGGCUCGAGAGAAGUCGUAGACCGUUAUAUGGUUGGAACCAUGUCAUCUGUAGAGUAAUCAAGUUAUCGAGGAGGGUAAGAACAUGGGGUUUGAGAAAUAGAAAUCAAAAUGUCACAUCUUUAAUGGAUUAUUGUUCAACCGAGUUUCCAAUGUUUCUCAAAGGAGUAGUGUUCCUUAUCUGGAUUUUUUGAAAUCAGAAUUCUGGAAAGAUGCUUCAGUUUGGCACAGAGCAUUCAUCGCCAGAGGGCAGUGCAAGAUCAGCAACUCGAAGAAAACCUUUUGAUUUCUUUUCCAGUAUAUUUCGAAAGAAAUCAAAAGAUCAAGAAGCUGAAGUAACAGAUACGAGUGAAGAACCAGCCGAAUAUAUUGAUAUAUGCCCGGGUAGUACCCCUGAUAGUUCAGCUUUACUGCCGAUCUUGGAGGGUGAGCAAGAAAACCAGCCACCCACAUCGCUUGCACUCCAUCGGCCACGUACGUCUCUUCAUCAAGAAAAUACUAUGGCAGACGACAUGGUGGCGCUUCAGUUGUCCCGCCAAGACAAUCCAUUUCUUCUGAAAAGAUCCCUAACUCGCGAAGAUAAUAAGAUGGUUUCAGAUGACACGUUCAUUCCCCCUUACGAAUCUGACCAGGAAAUAUUAGUUCAGAACAAAGACACGAGAAAAGAUGUUGCAUUAAGUGCAGAUGAUUUACAUUCCCAUUUAAUUCGCAGUCCACCCCCAAAAUUUGAUAGUGCAGUGGUCCAGUUCAAGUUUCCUGAAAUAAACCAGUCGGAAAUCAACUUGUCUAGUCUUAGUGUUUGUACUGGUACAAUACGUAAAUCAGGAGAACUGAUGCCCUUGGACAAACAAGGAAACACCUUUUAUUACGUAAGCCUAUCUUUAAACUUAUUUAGUCUUAGUGUUUGUACCGGUACAAUACGUAAAACAUGAGAACUGGUGCCCUUGGACAAACAAGGAAACACCUUUUAUUACGUAAGCCUAUCUUUAAACUUAUUUAG